CCGAGUCCGAGAGCCGCUGAUGCUCUCCAUGCCGCCGCCCUCCUGGCUGCGCGCCCAGCCAGGGAGCUAGAGGCCCUCAGCUCCGGGCUCCGCGUACACUGAGGGCGCGCGCAGCAGGACAGCAAGAUAAGGAAGCAGAGACUGAAGGGAGGAAUCCCCGCUUUCCGGGGAUGAUGGCGUUCGAGUUGGGUCUGUGAGGGAUGAAAUAGGAGUUGGCCAGAGGGAGAGAGAGGGACUCUAGGCCUCGAGAAGAGCACGUGCAGAGGUUCUGUGACACGAAAACGCCAGGUGGGUGCGGGGCUGGGAGGACAGGAGGCAGAAGGGUUUACGGCUCCACAUGGUCGCCGAAAUUUUAGGUCCCUGAGAGUAAAGGGGUGCAGCUGAUUUCAUCUAGAAAGCCCCUGGCCGGGAGGAGAGAACGGGCUUGCUUGCCUGGAGUUGCAAAGGAGUGGGUAGCUGAGACGGCCAGCACCCCAGCAUCCUGACUCAGGGCCAGACGCUUCACCCCAUUGGGCGGCGUCUGGAGGAGCAGACACAUCUCUUGUGGGUACCCUUGAAAGUGAAUCGUGGGUCGCAGGGAACUGUGGUCAAACCGUCUCUAGCUAGGUGCUAGAGAGCCAGCUCUGCAGGCUCAGGCUCCUGUGAGACACGAAAGGAGGGACUCGCCGGGCACAGCCUCACCCUGGGGCAUGCCAGCAGGCCCUGCUCUCUGAGUGCCGGCAGACCUGAACAUCCCUAGGGAACGAGAGAAAUUGGGCAACGAUGGGAGAGCAGUGCAGGUCCUGGAGGUGACGAGUCUGUUGAGAUUCUGAUGGGGAUGGGUCAGAGAACUUAGAAAGCAGCGAAGGCCCAGACGCCCCCAGGUCAGUGUAGCCUGCUCUGCUUCCACAGUGAGCUGGGCUCAGUCCCCCACAUGUCAUUGUCUUGGACGCCCAUGGCCUUUGCACAGGCCGAGCCUGAUGUUUGGAACACCGUCCCCUCUAGGGGGACUGGCUCCUAAUAAUGCAUCACCUCCUCCAGGAGUACUUUCUUGCCCCUACACUGAGUUCAAGCUUCUCAGACACCAGCCCCAGUUGAGUUCGAGUUAUAACUGUCAUCAGUUAUCACACCAUCCUGUAAUCUGUGCGGUGCCCCUUAGGGCAGGACCUGGGUCCCAGAUGUGUCUGUACCUCUAGCCCCAACCCAGGCCUGGCCUGUCUCUUGAAGGAGUAUUUGUGUUGAAGAUGGGUGGUAACGUUCAGCAAAAGGCAUGCCCAGGAGACAGGCACAGUACCCAUGGAGACCCAGGGCCAGCUGAUGACAGUGAUGAAUUCCCUUUAGAACUGGCUGACUCUUGGGUGCUUGGAGACACUAUAUAAGUAAGGAACUCUGGCCGUGUGCAUGGGAGAGUAUAUUAAUAGGGCUUGGCCUGGCUGUGCGGUGCAGAGAUGCUGUUUCUCUCAGGCUGGGAACUUCAGGAAAGCCAGGACCAAGUCAAUCUUGAUCUAGGCUCUGUCUUCAGCAUCUAGAACCGGGCUUGGCACCAACUGAAUAGAUCGCCGCCGUUGUUGGGCUGUGGAGACGUCUCAACCAAAGUGGAGCCGACAGAGGCCCCGGGAGCCGUGGUGACAGAGCGGCGACAACCACUAGGGGGCGCGAGGCAAAGGUGCCCCUAGUCCGCCCCUAGUCAGGGACCUCUGGGCGGUCCUGGGCCGGAAGCGCACGCGCAAACGCGGGGCUUCGCGGCCUCUGUAAACACCAAAGAGCGCCUGCGCAAGCCGAGAGUCUCGGGAUCGACACGUGGGGGCGCCUUAGCGAAGAUAACCGUAAUAAAUAGUAACCUAACGGUCCAGUCAUCGUUCUGUGGUCUUUUCUUUUAUGAUUCACAAGGAAUGACUCUCUUCAUAGCCUCUCCUAAUUCAGUCCUCACAACCGUCCUUUUACAAAUGGGACAGCUUUACAGUCCUUUUACAAAUAGGGCAACAGGUUAGAGGAAGUCAGGCAGAUUCCCAGCAUCAUAGAGAGCAAAGGACCAGGGAAGGAUCAGGAUUCAAGGACUGCACCCAGGCUCUGCUUCCAGCUUGCUGUGUGACUUUGGGUAAUUUUGUUCCCUUAGGGACCUGAGCUUUCUCAUUUGUAAAUGCGAACAGGCUGCUGGGAAGAUCAAAUGAGAUCCAGGGGUGAAAACAGCUUAGUUUACUUUCAGGAAUUUACCCACGCAGUAUAUAAAGGCAAAAUAUUAUUAUAGUCGGGUGAUUGUAGAUUGAGGAACUCAUUUCCUCAUUCUGCAAAUUGCAAACCUGAGGGCCCCAAGAGGGACAGGGGCUUGCCCCAGGUCUCAGCAGGCUAUGAGCAAGAGCUAAAGCCUAAUCCUCCUGCCUUUGGGCCUGGAGCCCUUCCUUGUACCCUAGGGGUCAGUGUCUUUGUUGGAUACAGGCUUAGAUUGACUGACUGUACCCUGAGAACCUAGGGGAGUCCCUGUUCCCAAUUCUUCUCCUACCCCCACCUUGGCCUGAUGGAGGAAGACCCUGCUGUGUCGAGAUGACCACCAGAGGCAAGAAGCUGAGGAGGAUCUGGAGAAUUCUGGAGGAAGAGGAGAGUGUUGCUGGAGCUGUACAGACCCUGCUUCUCAGGUCAGUGGCCCAGAGGAGGAAAGAGAAUCCCAGAGAGGCCAAGAACUCACGGAGAGCCCCACGGCGAGGUCCCAGGAAGGUGGCGUCAGCAUCUGCAGCCGCGUCGACGUUGUCGGAGCCUCCGCGGAGGACCCAGGAGAGCCGGACUAGGACCAGGGCCCUGGGCCUCCCCACACUCCCCAUGGAGAAGCCGGCGGCCUCUACAGAGCCCCAAGGGCCUCGGCCGGUCCUGGGCCGUGAGAGUGUCCAGGUGCCCGAUGACCAAGACUUUCGCAGCUUCCGGUCAGAGUGUGAGGCUGAGGUGGGCUGGAACCUGACCUACAGCAAGGCUGGGGUGUCUGUCUGGGUGCAGGCUGUGGAGAUGGAUCGGACGCUGCACAAGAUCAAGUGCCGGAUGGAGUGCCGUGAUGUGCCAGCCGAGACACUCUACGACGUCCUACACGACAUUGAGUACCGCAAGAAAUGGGACAGCAACGUCAUUGAGACUUUUGACAUCGCCCGCUUGACAGUCAACGCUGACGUGGGCUAUUACUCCUGGAGGUGUCCCAAGCCCCUGAAGAACCGUGAUGUCAUCACCCUCCGCUCCUGGCUCCCCAUGGGCGCUGAUUACAUCAUUAUGAACUACUCAGUCAAACAUCCCAAAUACCCACCUCGGAAAGACUUGGUCCGAGCUGUGUCCAUCCAGACGGGCUACCUCAUCCAGAGCACAGGGCCCAAGAGCUGCGUCAUCACCUACCUGGCCCAGGUGGACCCCAAAGGCUCCUUACCCAAGUGGGUGGUGAAUAAAUCUUCUCAGUUCCUGGCUCCCAAGGCCAUGAAGAAGAUGUACAAGGCGUGCCUCAAAUACCCCGAGUGGAAGCAGAAGCACCUGCCUCACUUCAAGCCAUGGCUGCACCCGGAGCAGAGCCCGUUGCCGAGCCUGGCGCUGUCGGAGCUGUCGGUGCAGCAUGCGGACUCACUGGAGAACAUCGACGAGAGCGCGGUGGCCGAGAGCAGAGAGGAGCGGAUGGGCGGCGCGGGCGGCGAGGGCAGCGACGACGACACCUCGCUCACCUGAGCGCCGCACCGCACCGCUUCAGGGAGGGACGGAGACAGGACCGGGCGAGCCCCUGGGGUGGCGGCUGCUCCUGCGCUUUCUCCCCUUCCCCACCCGGCACCUCCUGGUGGCACUGGGCCGGGCCCAGGCGGGUGCUGCAGCCUGGCUGGACAGAGCCCCAAUAAACGAUCCCACAGCCUCA